AAUGCUUGUCGGUUCCGGUACGUCGGAAAUGGCCAUAGAUGAUGAGGAGACAUAGAAUUGCCCUCGUCGAAUCGCCGGGCGAAGGAUCCGGGUCAGAACCAACCGAACGAGCUAUAGCUUCACCAAGCAGCGCUCCUUUCUGCCAGGGAAUGAUGCUGUGGAGGGGAGUCAAACAAUUCACUCUUUCCACAUGGUGGCGCCAAACAAUAGCUCACACAUGAGUAAGUCUCUUGCCCCCGAUGAAGCGUCGCCCACCACCAGUGCUGCUGCUGCAAGAAAAGGCGGCGGAUCAACAAGGAAACAGGCACAACGAACCCAAUGUGUAUUGCCUAUCUUACCGGCUUGGCGGACGCAAACCCACGCAGCAGCGCCAGCUCCAGCAGAUACGAUGCCCAUCUCCAUGCCAUGCGCUCGCUCGUGCCAUCAAGCAUUGGCAGUGGCAGUGCGUGGGGCGCGCGGUAGCAUCAGCAAAGCCGCGAGAGACACGCACGCACGCACACAUGCACAUCCGCCAUGCAAUGCCACGCCACAGUAAUAUAAGCAGACAUGGCGAGGCGAGGCGAGGCGAGGGAAAUGCAACGCAAAAGUGUGUGUGUGCGUGUGCGUGCAGCGCAUGGGCGGCGGAGACAGAGAGAGAGAGACAAGACGGAAAACAGUGGGUCCCCGCCGGUUACAGCAGCGCACACACACACACGCAUCAACCAUGCGGCCUUUCCAUGCCUGCCCGUGCUUUCCACCCAUAGCGCAAAAAACAUCCGCGCACGUGUCCAGUCCAAAUCGUCACGUUAUCAUUGGAUUUCCAUGAAUUCCAACGUCCGGGCGGGCGCGGAAAAUGAGCGCACUUUGGACCCACCGGGCAUC